AUGGAAAGUAAAGAAAAAAAGAAAAUACAAGAAAUGAAGACUGACUUGAACUUAUUGUUGGAGUGUCUAAAGUAUCAAAUGGACAAUCCUCUUUCACAAAAGGAAGCUUUGGUUACUAUUCAUUCAAUUUGUCAACAAAACUGUAAUGCAGGUAUUUAUUUUCGAGAAAUUGGUGGUUUGAUGUUUGUAAAAAAUCUUGCAAAGUCAAGUCAACAUAGCAUAGUUAAAGAAGCAGCUUUAUAUAUAUUGGGAACUGUUGCAGAACAAAAUGUUUAUUGUCAACAGACUUUGUGUACUUCAGAAUUGUUUGAAGAUUUAACUGGUUUCUUAUCUAAGAGUGAUUCAAACACAAACUUAAAAAGAAUGUCUGUCUACGUUAUUUUGGUUCUUGUUUCAAAUAAUAGGACUGGACAAACACUUGUGAGAGAAACAGGUUGUAUUUCAGUUCUGUCACAGUUAUUCAGGACAAUUCUUUCAGAAUAUGAUUUGAAUUUGUCAGAUAAAAAUGUUCUUCACAGUUACCAGUUGUGGUCUUCAGUGUGUAGUACUUUGAGUGUCUGUGUCAACAAUCCUCAAAAUGAUGAGAAUCAAAUGUUUUGCAGUUCACUUUUCCCAGAUGCUAAUAAUUGGCUAGUAAAUUGCAUGAAACCUGAGAUAGUUCGCCCUAUUUGUUCAUUUAUUGGACUUACUCUUGCAAAUAACAAAUAUGUUCAGGAAUACUUUGUAUCUGUGGGUGGACUGGAUGUAUUGUCCCAAGUUCUUGUGCAGCUGGAAUCUGAUUCACACAAGACUCCUUCCAGUGCUAAGCUUGCAGUGGUGGUGGCAAAGACAGUGGAUGCAUGUAUUGCAGAUAAUCCUACCUUUGGUAUAGUGCUAUCCAAGUACUGUAUUGUUUCAAAGCUUCUCACGUUAUUUUGUCAUGAAAGUCUGGAUUCAGGAGAAAAAUUUAGCAUUAUACUUACUCUUGGUCAUUGUACAGAGAAGUGUGAGGAAAAUCAGUAUGCUCUUUUUAAAAACAAUGGGCUUCCACUCAUGGUACAAGCCUUAACUGAAUCUCAUAGUGAGGAACUAAAUAAAGCUGCCACUUUUGUUCUGCACAACUGUAAAACUAUUGCUGAGAAAUUAUCUCUAAGUCUAGAAUAUUUUGAUGAAGAUGAAGCAAAACUAUUAAAGGACAUGUAUACAAAAGAGAUGGAUCUUGAAAAUUAUUGGAUGAAAGCAAAAGAAAUUUUACACAGAAUAGAACAGCUUGAAAGAGAAGAAAAUGAGGGAAAAACAGAAAGAGAAAAAUUUAAAAAUGAUGCUUUUUCUGUGAACAGAAAUAUCCAAAAAAUAUUGGAAUACAUGCAUGAAAAUAAUAUUAGUGAAGACCCUAAGGUACAAAAUAAUGGUAAAAAACAGUCUAAACAGCUUCAAGGUUAUAUACCACCUGAAGUUAUGCCUAAAGCAUGUACAACUAAUGGUCAGAUGAAGAUGUAUCUAAAGAAUGCAAAUCCAGAUAAUGUUUGUUAUAGGGAAAGCAGGCAAAAUAAGACAUUAUAUAAAGCCAAUUCAAUCUGCAAUGAAAAAUCACAUGAAGAAACAGCUUCUGAAAAAAAUAAUGUUGGUUCUCAAUCAAGCAGCCAGGUUUUUAAACAACCACUUCCCAUUGCCAAAAAUAGAAAGCAGCAGUUACCAGUAACAGAUCCAUUUACAUUAUGUUCAGAUAUAAUAAAUAAAGAAGUCGCCAAUUUCCUAGCAAUUGAUAACAAUUCCAAACUGUUGAAGUAUAGAUGUUCAGGUUGCAUAGCAGUAGGAAAAUCCCUGAAUAGCCGAAAUUUUAGCAAGCUCUUGCACUCUUGCCCAUACCAAUGUGAUCGUCACAAAGUCAUUAUGGAAGCUGAAGAUAGAUAUAAAAGUGAACUAAGGAAAACACUUAUUUGUAACAAAAAAAUUCUGCUGACCCCACGUAGAAGACAUCAACUCAAUCAUCAGUCUACUCCCUCAGGAGGAAUAAAAAAAAGAAGGGUACGUAAAAACUUUACUGAAGAAGAAGUAAGUUAUCUUUUCAAUGGAGUUAAGAAAAUGGGAAACCACUGGAAUUCAAUUCUGUGGUCUUACCCCUUUCAGCAAGGACGGAAAGCUGUGGACCUGGCUCACAAAUACCACAAACUGAUCAAACACCGCAAGUCUGUGACCUCUUGA